AAUUAAAUAUCUACAUACCAGUUACAUUCAAAUAUAAAAUUAUUUAAAUAUAAAUAUCAUGCAUUGUUGUACAUAACUUUUGUGAUUUAUUAAGAAGUGUAUGUAACUUUUAUCGACUGUGGCCAAAUCUUUUCCAAGUGUCAAUGUGACAAUCAGUGUCCAGUGAUAUUAUUUAAUAACAAACAAAAAAUUGAUUGUCAUUGAAUUUUGGAUAAUAUUAUAAUAGCAAAUGAUUGAACAAUGUAAUCCUUUUACUUAAAAUAAUAACGUGUCUGAUAAAUCAUAAAAUCCAAUAAACAUUUAAGAUCAAAAAUAGACCUUACAAUAAAUGUUGAAGAAUGCCUCCUCACCUUUCUAAAUAUCAACGAAUAGGAUUGGCAUUAGCACUUUUAUACGUAUCCGAGGGAGUAGAGACUGAAAAAAGAAAAUGGAUCAAAAAGAGGAAAAGAAAAAAGGUUCUGAACGCAAUACCCAAAGUAAAUCUUGUAAAAGAACCUGGUACAGACGAAUUUCGUGAUAGUUUGAGAAUGGACUCUGAUUGUUUCCAAGAGUUAUUAUGGUUAGUCAGGCCGUUUAUAACCAAACAGGAUACUAUUAUGAGACUAUCUGUGCCGGCUCGUGAUCGUCUUAUAGUCACAUUGAGAUAUCUAGCCACUGGUCAAAGUUACAGAGAAAUUGGUAUACAAUCGGGAAUAUCUCUACAGCUGAUAUCAAAAAUCAUCCCCGAGACAUGUGCGGCCAUUUAUAAAGUACUGAAGAAAGAAAUUAAAGUAAUCAAAACUUUAUAUCUCUACUAAUAUUAUAAACAAAACAGUUUGUUAGUUUGUAGAAUUGUAAGGGCAAAUCUCAGGAACUACUGUACUGAAAAUUCUUAAUAAUGCCGUCAACAGAGGAUGAAUGGAAAGCAGUAGCAAAAGCAUUUGAAGACAAAUGGCAUUUUAAUAAUUGUGUGGGCGCUAUGACUGCCAAGCAUAUUUUAAUAGAUAAACCAAGCAAAAGUGGCUCUUUGUACUGUAACCAUAUUAGAACAUAUAGCAUUAUUGUAUUUGCAAUAGUUAAUGCAGAUUAUGAAUUUAUGUAUGUACACACCGGUACCAAUGGAAGGGUGGUAACUGACGAAAUUGUAGCAAAUACAAGGUUCCAUGAAAAACUUGUUAAUCAAGAAUUAAAUUUACCAGAAUCUUAUUUGCUACCCAAUACUGAUGAGACAGUACCUUACGUUUUCCUUGAUGAUGGUACUUUGCCAGUUGACACACAUGUUAUGAAUCAGUAUGUCGAUGAAAACCUGUCAAUGUCUGAAGAAAUAUUUAAUUACAGGUUUAAGCGAGCCCAUAGGACAGCUGAAAAUGCUUUUGGCAUUGUUAUGUCACGUUUUGGAGUAUUUAAAAAAGCUAUUAAUGUCAGCACAGCAACUCUAGACGCUAUAGUCUUGGCGAGUAGUGCGUUACAUAACUUUAUGAAAAAGAAAUCAAAAAUUUACUGGGAACCGUCAUUCGUUGAUUGUGAAGAUGUGGAGAACUUUACAUAUACUAAAGGUGGUUGGCGUGAUACUUCUAAACUCAUACCACUUGAGCAGAUUGAACAAAUGCAAACAGAUGAGGGAUGCCUUGUCAGGAGUACUUUAGAAGAAUAUUUUAGUGGUGUGGGUAGUGUGAGCUUUCAAAAUGAUAUGUUAGAUGUGGUUAUGAAGGAAGACUGGUCAAUUGUUAAUUAGCAUUAAGAAUAUUAAAUUGUUUAUAUAAAACAUCUUGUUUUUGCUAUCUUUCUCUAUUUAUAUAGUGGUAUAUGCAUUGGCAUUGAAAAUGGAGCAUUAGAGUUUGUCAAGCAUAAUAUUUGGUUUAAGCUGGGAUAAGUUCACCACCCAGCUUAUCACUUAUUAGGUACUAGGUUUAAGCUUCGAUAAAUUGCAGGUUUAUUAUUCUUUCAUUGCUGUAUCCUAUAUUUAUAGCAGGAAUUUAAAGCGGCUAUGGAUCUAACCAAUAUGUCUAGCCCCAAAAUAGACAUGAAUCAUCCAUUUUUAGUUUCGAGUGUGGUCUUAUGAGACAAAUGAACUAUAAGUAAUUCAUUAAUUUAUGAGUUCAUUAAGUUGUUGGAUAUUUAAAAAAAAUCGACUUACAACCAAUUUGCGCAGUAAUAUUUUAUGCUACUUAAGUAUAGUAUGACAAUGUAGUCUCAUGAAAUUAUUUUAAAGUAAUUUUUUGCUAUUUUUUGGGUCAUUUGCAUAGAGUAAUAAUUCUACGUAAGAUCAAUUGGACAACGGACUUAAAAUUUAAUGCUUGCGCACAAAGAAAAUAUACAUAAUUCUCUUUGAAAUAUACUUGCGCGCAGAUAAAAAUGUCAUAGUUGUCAUAAUAAAAUAUUGGUUAAAUUAAGUCGGAAUUUAUUCAAAAUCAAUGAAAUUAUUCAGUUGAAGCUAUCGGGAAUGGUUGUAAGAGUAGGCAUUAAUGGAUUUGGUCGCAUCGGCAGAGUUAUUUUCCGAACAUGCUUGCAGAAUAAUGACAUUGAGUUAUCAGCAAUCAAUGACCCAGCGAUAACCGCGGAGUACAUCUGCUACUUGAUAAAAUUCGACUCGACACACGGUAAAUUCAACAAGAGCGUGAACUACGCCGAUGAUGAAAUCAUUGUGGAGGAUCGCACCGUUAAAAUAUUCCACGAGAAGAUGCCGUCGAGCGUGCCAUGGCAGACAGCUGGGGUGCAGUAUGUCAUUGAGGCUUCAGGAAUGUUUACCACUUUAGAAAAAGCUUCGGGACAUAUGAAAAGCGAGGGCGUGAGGCGGGUCAUAGUAACAGCACCGAGCGUGGACGUCCCCAUGAUAAUACUGGGAGUCAACGACUUUACAGUACGACCUGACCAAAAAGUGCUGUCCUGUGCCUCAAGCACGUUGUAUUGUUUGGCGCCAAUUAUAAAAGUGUUGGAGGAUCAUUUUGGUGUUUCCGAAGGAUUUGUGACUAGCAUACACGCAAUGACUCCAUCGUUGAAACCUUUAGACGGACUGUGUCUUAGAGGAAAGCAUUGGCGUGACCAUCGAAGUAUCCAUCAGAACAUAAUACCAGCUACCACAGGCGCAUGCAAAGCUCUUGGCAAAAUUAUACCACAAGUGAAGGAUAAAAUGUCCGGACUGGCGUUCAGAGUGCCCAUUGUAAACGUUUCUGUGUUGGACAUUACAAUACGGCUCAAAGCAAACACAACGUUACAAGAAAUAGUGAAAAACAUAGAAAACGCCAGUAACACAAGCAUGAAAAACAUAAUCAAAAUAUCUAGAGAUGAGACGGUAUCGUCGGAUUACAUCGGAGAGAGCCAUUCAUGCAUAUUCGACUCGGAGUCCAGUUUGCAACUGAAACCAAAUUUUUACAAACUGAUCUGUUGGUACGAGAACGAACAUUCUUACGCCUGCAGGGUCAUCGAUUCGAUAUUCUACUCUGAGCAGUUGUUGUCCCUAAUAAGAAUUUCCUCUAAAAUGACCUACGUCAGAGCUAAGCCUUCGAAGAAGUAUGAUGUAGUCCUACAAACAGAAUGUCUCAGCAAGGAAAUUUCGGUAGAAUGUAAAUUCAAUGCAGAUUUGUGUAGCACUUCCCAAGACACUGGUUUCAAGUCAAAAGAGCCACAAGUUGCGGCGCUGAAGAAACCGUUAUCAGCUCAUAUCGGUGGCACGGCUGCUUCAUCUACAGGUGGUCGAGACACGAAAAGGAGGAACGAAAUAUUCAAAAUUUGGAAUGAUAGCAAUGACAUUUCCAAAUCGUGCGUGCGUCAAAAUAGAGGAUCAUUUUUCCAUAGUUGCAUUUCAUUCACUCCGCAAGACAUCCAGUCUAGUAAUAUGAAAGUAACCGAACGCUUAGAGACCGUGAAGCGAGAUGUUACCAAAAUGACUAAUAUAACAGACGAUUUACUUAAAACUUGCAACAAAAAACAAGGAGAUGCCGAUGCGACCUUUUCUGUAGAUAAUAUGAACGAAAAUUCCAGUACUCCGUUAAAUAUUUCUCAUGAGGAACCUACCAAGGAGUGUGCAGUUAAAUCCCAUAGAAAAGUUGCUAGUGCGAGAAUUUUCGAUGUUUCUGGAGAUUAUCAAACUAAAACUGAAGUAGCAGAUAGUAAAAUACUCGGUUACAGCAAAGAAAAACUUAUAAGAACUCAUGAUUCAUAUAAUAAAGAAAUGUCUGAUUAUAGUCUUGUACCACGUAAAGAACCUUCUAUGCCAGAUAGUGAUACUAAAUCUACGACAACCAAACCCCAUAAUAGUUUACAAAUGUCUACUGUUCAAGAGCUCCCCAAAUUUAAAAGCGAUAUACACACAAUUCAAACUGCGCAAGAUGCAUCAAAAACAUUAAGUGAUGAUAACGUUUUUAAAGAACAAGUUGUUAAAGCUAUUACUACUUUAAUAGACGGUCUAGAACAAAGCUUCCAUGUCUCAUGUCAAUCUAACAACGAAAAUCCUGGCAAAAACGGAACUAUUCAAGAAACGGUAAAGAAAGAAUUAAAAGAAAAUUGCAAUGAAGAUAAGAUCGACAUGGUCAGUAAAAAGACAAACGAUUUCAUCAAUAAAGAUAAUGUGAUUCAAAAUGUAGAAAUAGAAAAUAAAUUUCUACAAGAAAAUCUGAACAUCGAUUAUAAAAUAGCGCAUCGGUUUAAGAGAGAUAAAUAUAAAUUCAACACUGCAACUGAAACAAAAUACAAGAUAGUACAAUCGAAUAAGAAAUUAAAUAAAAAACAAAUAGUUUGCAGCCCUGUAAUACCACAAUUAACAACCGAGACAGACAAAGAUGACAAGUAUUUUGCUAAGCAAAUUCUAGAAGGGUUAAACAGAGUGUCUCCUGAUCCAGUGGUAAUGAUUCGUGAGGAUAAAACACCUUCUUCGAGCCCAGAUAGAGUAAAUAGUCGUAAAACGUUGACCGUUAAUGUGCCCAAACAAGAUAUUUUCGAUAAAUUAGAGAGUGUCAGCGAAACUGAUUCGGACAAUUCGUUUGAAAUCCACGGUCGGAAAUCGCAAGUUAUCCACAUUACGGAUUUAACGAAAUCAUUGGAAGACUUGGCAAAGUUAGAUAAAAUUUGCAGGAUCAUAGAAAUAUCUGAUGAGCUGUCAGACAAAUUGUUUUCUGCUUUGAACACCGGUGGUUCGAGGCAGAAAAAGUGGUCGUUCAAAGAUUUGUGUGAAAGAAUAAAAUUAGACGAGUUUUGUAACAAAGUGUUCGGCAAAACAGCGCUGUAGUCAAAUGUGGAUGUCAUAAAAUGUAAAAUUCA